CUGUCUAUAUACAAUUUCUCUAAAUUUUAGGAAAAAAGAAACAACUUUUCUUUUCUUACACUGCCUAUAAAUCUCUAGACUCAAAAACUCAUACACACAUUUGGGUCCAACACAUCAUGUCGUCUUGGAAUUCAGUUUCACUCCAGUUCUCCUAUGAAGCUUUUGGCUGGUUUGCUUUUGCUUGUUGGUCUAUUAGUUUCUGGCCUCAAGUCAUCAUGAAUUUCCGCAGGAAAAGUGUUGUAGGACUGAACUUUGAUUUUGUGCUGCUGAAUCUGACGAAGCAUUCGUCAUAUCUUAUCUAUAAUGCGUCUUUGUACUUUAGCUCUGCAAUUCAGCAACAAUACAAACACAAAUAUGGAAAGAAAGAGAUGAUACCAGUGGCGGCAAAUGAUGUAGCUUUCUCAAUUCAUGCUGUUCUACUAACAGCAGUUUCAUUAUUCCAAAUUGCAAUCUAUGAUCGUGGAAGCCAAAAAAUAUCUAAAAUCGCUUGGGCUAUAGUCGCCGUUGCAUGGACAGCAGCAGCUGUGUGUUUCUUUAUAGCAUUGAACAAUCAUCAUUGGCUAUGGCUUCUCUCAAUCUUUACUACCAUUCAAGUUACCAUGACUGUCAUCAAAUAUAUUCCUCAGGCCGUGAUGAACUUUAAGAGAAAAAGUACCGAUGGAUGGAGUAUUUUGAACAUUCUACUCGACUUUUCCGGAGGGGUAGCAAAUUAUCUACAAAUGGCUAUGCAAUCCAUUGAUCAAAGUUCUUGGGUGAACUUCUAUGGAAACAUUGGAAAACUAUUGCUAUCCUUGGUGUCUAUAUUCUUUGACAUACUCUUCAUAAUCCAACACUAUGUAUUAUAUCCUGAAAGAAAACGCAAAUCAGAGACCAUUCCUGAAUAUGAUAAUGCCACCAAGGCUUCUGCUCCGCCGUCGUCUCAAAAUGUUUAAGGGAGUGUUUGUGUGAAUUUUAUUCUAGAGAAUAAUAUACAAAAUAGUGUUUGGUUCAUAGUUUUGUUUUUUUUUAUGAUUGAAAUAUGUUUGGCUUGUAAAAUAUGUUUCCAGAAUGAAUGUUAUAAUUCUAAACGGGGUGUAGAAGCAUGCAAAUUCAAUCUUAAUGAAAGGAUUAUUUGGCCUAAAGGUGCCAUUUCUUUGAA